GAGGGGUCGCCCGCCUGCUUAGCAGCUCGUGCGGCUGGUCGUUGCGGGCCGGUGACAUGCCUGUGAGCUGCGGAGGCUGCGGCCCCCAGGUCUUUUGUGGACUAACUCUUCACUGAUUACCUACAACAGCAAUAUAGUUAUGGCGACCUUCCAGACUUUCAGAAACACUCACAUGAAAACUAGAGCAUCUGUCAGAAAAAGCUUCAGUGAAGAUGUGUUCCAGUCCGUAAAGUCUUUAUUGCAGAGUGAGAAGGAACUAUGCAGUGUAUCAGCAGAGGACUGUUUAAAGCAGGAUGAACAUGCCAGUUUGACUGAGGUCACAUUUCUAGGUUUUAAUGAAGAAACAGAUGCUGCUCAUAUACAGGAUUUGGCUGCAGUUUCUUUGGAACUCCCAGAUCUUCUGAAUUCACUGCACUUCUGCAGUCUAAAUGAAAAUGAAAUUAUUUGUAUGAAGGAUAUAAAUAAAUCAUCAGAUAUAAACAAUGGUCCUCUAAACCAGAGUCAUCGUCCUGGAAUGCUUUGUGUCAUGAGAGUGUCAUCUACAUUACCAAGACUCAGAAUUGAUUUUAUCUUUAGUCUCCUAAGUAAAUAUGCUAUGGGUAUAAGGUACACCCUGGACACAUGUUUGCAUCAGAAGUGCCAACUUGAGGCCACUAAUGAAGAUGAUGACGAUACUAACCAGUCAGUAUCUUCCAUCGAAGAUGACUUUGUCACUGCCUUUGAGCACUUAGAGGAGGAAGAGACUUCAAAGCCAUAUAAUGAUGGAAUAAACAUUACUGCACUAAGGAGCCAGUGUGAUGCUGCUUCACAGACUAUUUCUGGUCACCGUUUAGAAACCAGGGUUCUGGUUGGCUCUGGGUGGCAGAAGUCAUUGGCUAAACCUUCUGCUUCUUUAAUAAGUAUUCUGGGACAUAAAGAACUGCCUUCUGUGAAACCUUCAGUCACGACAUCAGUUUCUGAGCCUUGGGUCCAAAGGAGUUUCUAUAGGUCAUCCACUGCUUCAGAUAAAGAUAGUGAUGCUGAUGUGCAGAAACAGUUGUUCUCUUCUUCUCCUGCCUACUCGUCUGAAUCAGAAUGCUCAAGUCCAAGUCCUGUUAUUUUCUUGGAUGAAGAAGGAUAUCAAAAAAGUUUAAAAGCAAAACUUGAGUUACCUAAAAUUCCUGUGAUGAAAGAUGAUAUUGAGGAUUCAGACUCAGAAGUAAGUGAGUUUUUCGAUAGUUUUGAUCAGUUUGAUGAACUAGAACAGACUUUGGAGUCUGCUUGUCCAUUUCUAAAAGAUCCUGCCAUAGGGAAGCUGUCACAAAAAAAAGGGCACAAACAUGAAAAAUUGUGUUCUGUAACCACUACAAUGAAUCCUCAAAAAUUCAAGUUUGAUCGUCCAGCUCUCCCAGCUAAUGUUAGGAAGCCAACUCCUCGUAAACCAGAAUCCCCUUACAGUAACCUGUGUGAUGCUCCAGAUUCUCCCCGCCCAGUGAAGGCAUCAGGGGAAGACAGUGGUUUGUUUAGCCCUAUUCGAUCCUCUGCUUUUAGUCCUCUUGGAGGCUGUACUUCUGCUGAAUGUUUUUGCCAAACAGAUAUUGGUGAAGAUAGGAUUCAUGAAAAUCAUGAUUCUGUGUAUUAUACCUAUGAAGAUUACGCAGAUAGCCUUUCAUGUGAAGUACUGGGCUCGGUUCUUUAUACCCAACAUACAAAUGCAACAUCCAACAUUAAUGGUAUUAAAAAGGGAGAAAAUAAAACGGUAGCUCUUAAGUGUGGAAGCCUUGAUCAAAAAAGUAAAUCUAAAAAUAAAUCCUCAAUGAUUAAAGAUAGCAUUCAGAAGUUUGCAGCAGAUCUUGUGGAGAAAAGUUUUGGCAGUGCAUUUAAAGACUUACAGAAAGGAGUCUUUUCAUGUACCAAUGCUUUGUGCCAAUUAGCCGUCAAAUUGACAUCAUCCGUUUUUCAGAUGGCAUUUAAUGAACUGAGAAGGCAGCGUGCGUUUUCGUUGAAAGAACGUGCCAUUAGUAGUCUGGCUAAUUUUUUGGUGAGUGAAGCUUUCACAAAUGCUCUAAAAGAUUUACAGUAUGUAAAGAAGCAGAUCUUUACAAACACUGUUGCUAGGUUUGCUGCAGAUCUUGCUGAAGAACUUGUUUUUGAAGGCAUCAUGGAAGUGUGUCAGUUUUCGUAUCCUCCAACACCUGCAUCUCCACAGCGUCGGUCAUUUGACUAUGAAGACAAAGUAGUGAAGUCCUAUGCAAAAGAUUUAUCUGAAUCUGUAAUACAGGAAGCGUUCAUUGAGCUGUCUCAAGUUGACGUGACCUUCACAACAAAGGCAGCAGUUAGUGUUUCCACAGAUAACAUUAAGUAUGUGAGUGCAGAAAAUGUAGUGCCAUCGACACAGACGUCUACAUUUUCCCCUACUUUUAAUGGUCAAACAAUUAUGGUGACAAAACCAAUGCAGGAAUAUAAAAAGGAAUACACAGUACAACAGGCCUUGUUUUGUACUUCUGGAGUUGUUACUUCUAUACCAGUGCCCUUGGCAGGAAGUGCUCUUCUCCCAUAUCAUAUUUCAUCUAAUAUGUAUCAGGCAAAGUCUCAUCCAUCAUCUGAUGAUAGUAAUUUGAAUGGUGGUUCUACCCAAGCAGGGGUUGCCACAAAAAACAAAGAAGAGGAGGUAGCUUGUCUCAGGAAUAUUUGUUUACCUUCAGAACACCAUCCGGGUAACCAGAAUGAUGUUAAACCAACUAAUGAUGAUAUUGAAAUGGAGAGCUCUUCAAAAGUAACGAGUGAUCCUGUGAUUAUUAACAAUUUUUCUGUGGCAGUGGUGCAUACAAUAGUAAAUGAAACUUUAGAUUCAGUGACGUCAUUCAAAGUUACAAAAACAAUGGAUAAACACAAAGAUUGUUUAAAUAAAACAGUAAAGGGAAAAAACCCUCCUUUUCACUGUGAUCAAGCAACAAUGCAACAGAGUGAGGCUAGCAAGAAGGACAUGUUUGCUGAUCGAUUAUCUAAAUCUAUUGUUAAACAUUCCAUAGACAAAAGCAAAUCAGUGAUCCCAAAUGUAGAUAAAAAUGCACUCCACAAGGAAGACUUGCCUAUUCCUGGAGAUGAGUCACGGUUGACCUCGGAAAAGUUCCCCAAGUUUCUUGAAGCUCAAGAUCAUUUAACUCACUGUUCACUUUCAGAAAGAAAGGAUUGUGUUCUGGAAUGUAAAGGUUAUAUGGCUCAUGGAUUUUCUUUAGAGACGCUACCACCUUGUCCAACUGCAGCAGGUCAGAAACCCGAUUUGAAGGAAAUUGCUAAGGACAAAUCUGUGAAAAAGCAUAGUUUGAAUGAUACAGCACUUGAGCCCUGGCGUUUUGGGCAGGAGAACCCUUUUGCCCAUUCACAUAGUUUCUCAUCCCCAGUGCUCACAUGUGCAGAUGGUUUGCACGUGGAAGAUAAACAGAAAAUCAGAGAUGGGAAUGUGAUACCUGAUACUCCUCCAUCAACUCCUCUAGUCCCAUCCCAGGCUGCUUCUGAAUGGGACAUCAAGAAGUUAACCAAAAAGCUCAAGGGGGAGUUAGCAAAAGAAUUUGCACCUGCCACGCCACCUUCUACACCUCACAACUCGUCUGUCGGCAGUUUGUCUGAAAAUGAACAAAAUACUAUAGAAAAAGAAGAGUUCAUGUUGAAACUCAUGCGAUCUCUCUCAGAAGAAGUUGAAAGUAGUGAAGAUGAAGAGCAGCCAGAAGUGGACGUGAAGCCAGAGCCCUCAGGGAAGAAAGUUCAGUUUGCAGAUGCGUUAGCAGUACACAUCAUUUCUCUUGCAACCGAAAUGGCAGCUUCCCAUUUGGAUAAUAAAAUAAUUCAAGAACCCAAGGUUAGAAGCCCUUGCUUAAAUGUGCAAAGUCAAAGAAGCAUAUCACCUACUUUUUUAAAUUGCUUAGAUGAAAACUUACAAACAUUAUGCAAUUUUGCAGGUGAUAUGGCAGCGGAGGUCAUUACAGAAGCUGAAAAAAUAGCAAAAGUUAGAAGUUGUAUGCUUUUCAGGCAGAAGAGGAACAGUUAUGUUGAUAGUGACCAAGAUUAUAGAUCAGAAGAGAAGAUGGAUGUAGAGGCUGUAGCACACCCAGGAGUAGUAGAUUCAUUUCUUCUUUCAUUACCACCAAGUUCUUGUCUGUCAGGUCUGACAUACAAGUAUCCCAGCUGCGAAAGUGUGACAGAUGAGUACGCAGGCCACAUUAUCCAAAUACUAAAACAGGAAGGUGGUGAUAGUGAGUUAAUAAUGGACCAGUAUGCCAAUAGACUUGCUUAUCGGUCUGUUAAGUCAGGAUUACAAGAAGCAUCUAAGACAGCCAAAAUGAAGCGCAACUCAAAAAUGUUCCCUGUGCAAAGCUCACAGGUGAAAACCAAUGGUGAACUGUUACUAUUCUUAAGUGAAGAACACCAGCAAGGAGUGGAUAAAAAAAGACAAAGUAAAAUAAGUGGAGGUUACCUUCAUAAAAACCCGACUUGUGAAUGGACACAGGAUACAUGCAGAAAUGAGUGCUUGGAACUGUAUAGUUUUUCAGCCUCUCUCGCUCACAACAUUACAAAAGAUGUUAAAAAAGAGCUGACGACAUCUACAGUUGGCUUGCCAAAAUCCUUAACAGAUUCUUGCCUUUAUGAAAAAAAUGGAUGCGACGAAGAUGCCGAGUCUCUCUUCGAGCCAGAAUUUCCCGCGUCUCUUCAGCCUUCCUCCCAAAAUCACAGGUUUUCCCACAGUAUGGGCAGCUUGAGUGGGUGUGGUUAUGGAGAGACUGUUGUUCAGGCUAUCGAACAGUACGCUAACAAAGUAGUGGAUGAUGCUUUAGAGCUGAGUUCAGGAUCUGUAGUCUUCCACAUGUCUGAGACCACAAAAGCGGCCGAUAGGGUCACUUAUGCAGAAAAGUUGUCACCUCUGGUAAGUCAGGCUUGCAGGUAUUGUGACCGGAAAGAGCUCCAUGACUGCACUGGAAAUUCAUGUCCACGCUUUCCCAGACCAGAUUCCCUUGCUAGUAGUAAGCCAGUUUCUAAUUCAAAAUUUAGCAACAUCUACCAGAAAUCUAGAAUUUUUCAUCUCGAUGUCCCUCAAAUUCAUAUUGAUCUUGAUAAGAAGACAGUGCUUGCUGAGAAGAUAGUUGCGGAAGCGAUUGAAAAGGCAGAGAGAGAGCUGAGCAGUACCAGUUUGGCAGCUGAUAGUGGGAUUGGACAGGACGGUGUCAUCUUUGCUGAAAGCCUCACUACUGAGAUAAUGACAUCGGCGAUGAGGAAUGUUGGACAGGCUGUUAGCAGUCCAAAAGAAAUAGAAGACUUUCAGUCAACUGAGUCUUUUGGUAGCCAGCAGAUGAAUCUCAGUAUUGGUGAUGACAGCACUGGUAGCUGGUCCAAUUUAAGUUUUGAAGAUGAACACCAGGAUGAAAGCAGUAGUUUUCAUCAUCUAAGUGAAAGUAAUGGUAACAGCAGUAGCUGGAGCAGUCUUGGUUUAGAAGGAGAUUUGUAUGAGGACAAUUUAUCCUUUCCAACAUCAGACAGUGAUGGGCCGGAUGAUAAAGAUGAAGAGCAUGAGGAUGAUGUAGAAGGUUCAGAGCAAGAUGGAAAUACUCUGCUAAUUGCGAAUGUUGACAUGGAGCCAUGCACAGUAGACCCCCAGCUAAGGAUUAUUCUUCAGUGGCUCGUUGCCUCUGAGGCCGAAGUUGCAGAACUUUAUUUUCAUGACUCUGCAAAGAAGGAGUUUAUACAACUUUCAAAACGAUUACAAGAAAAAGGUUGGAAAGUGGGAGACCUCCUGCAGGCUGUGCUUAAAUACUGUGAGGCGAUGGAGAAGACGUCCAGCGAGGAGAGAUCCGAGUCCCUGUUUGAUUGGCUCUUGGAAAAUGCAUAGAACAAACUCCAAACCAGUAUAUUUUAUUAUUUGUUUUGAGAGAGGAAGGAACAGAUUAAGAUGCAUAGGGUAAAAUUUGAAUAGUGAAUAUUAACAUUUAAAGUGAAUUGGGAGGAAGGUAAAUAUAGCUUUUAAAGUGUGUUGUGUCAUCACAUGGUAUAUAUAGUUCAAACUUUUGUAAUCUCUCAAAUAUUAUCUUUGUUUAUUCUUCUAUACACAUGUGUAGUGUGUUAAGACCCUAAGAACAUGUAUUUGAAGGCUUUCAGGGACAUUGACUAACAGCAUUCUUUUUGCGUCCAAAUAGUGCUGCUAGAAAUUGCACUGAGGUGGCUGAGGGUGGGCGACAGGGAUAGGGAGUUAUAUUUUGCUCCUUUGCAAGCAAAUGGUAUCCUAUUAAUAACAAAUCUCACAUCAAAAAAUAGCAUCGAGGCUAAUUUUUUUUCUGACAUCUUUUGUCCUAUUUUUAAGGGUCAAUUUUAUUUUCAUAGUUCAGCUAUUGGUAGCUUUUUGAAUCCCCCAAGUUAUUUAAUUUCUUAGAAACAUGAGUAGUUUAGGUUUCUAUAAAUAUCGUAAGUGGUAGUUUCCCUAGCCUUUCAUCAAAUGACAUUAUUUGCUAAUGUUACCAAUUGUUCUGGCAUGAAAGCAAGUGUGUGUGUGUGUGUGUGUGUGUGUGUGUGUGUGUGUGAGUGUGUGUGUGUGUGUGUGUAUGGAAAGGAGAACUUUACCUUGCUAGUGGUUGGUGCCCUCUUUUAUUUUACUCUUUUCUUGUUAGAAACCCACUGUUAACAUUAAAAAGGUGCUUUAAAAUAAAAUGUCUAUAAAGA